AUCUCACCGUCACAAGACUUUAGCCAAGCGCCUCAUAUAUGACGACAGCUCUGUACAGACUCAAGUAUUUGGUGCGCCCAAUUCUUUGACGCCAACCUAGGGAACAAGCGGCGCAGUCUCUCUUCGCAGGGAGGUCUGCUUAAUAGAAUGUUUGGCGGCGGCUCCAGUUCUGCUGCGGCCAAAUCCGAUCCUGCAGCACUCGACUCCACGAAAUCAGAGAAGAAAUCUCUGUCACCGGACCAAAAACACGAACCCGCAUCCGUUGGGACGCCAUCCAAAUCCCCCGAUCAAGCCACCAGCGGCGAGAAGCGCAGCGGAAAUGGUAGCCCACCCGGGCGACAUAAUCCCGACACGGGAAAUCUAGAAAAGAAGCGUAGGAGUUCCGGCGUCGGGAGCAAGGCUAGCAGUCUUAUAGCUAGCGCCAAGAAUAGCUUGAGUUUUGGUCAAGUUAACAACAAGCCGAGCAGUGAUGCCACUUCCCAUACACCUCUACAAAAGCUAGGCAAGCAAGAUCAAACUCUUGCAGUACCUCAAGGCCAGCAUAAUAAUUCCGCUGGUGAAUCCGUCCCAGGUCCGCGAUCUACCUUCCGCGUCGGUGUCUGGGAGGAUAGAAACAAGAAAUGCCGUCGUACGAUGGAAGACACUCACGCGUUCCUCUACAAUUUCUUACAUACCCCUGCACCCGUCCUCACCCAGGAUUCGGGCAACAAGAGCACAAAGUCUCAAAGAUCUACAUCGGAAGAUUCUAAUCCUCAGCCUGAAACGGGCGCACAGGACAUGAUAGAAACUGACAACGGUUACUUCGCGAUAUUUGAUGGACAUGCCGGUACCUUCGCCGCAGACUGGUGCGGAAAGAAGCUACAUCUCAUUCUCGAAGACACCAUACGCCGUAAUCCCAACGUCCCCAUUCCCGAACUUCUAGAUCAGACUUUUACCAGUGUUGAUGCACAGCUAGAGAAGCUUCCUCUUAAGAACAGUGGCUGUACUGCAGCAAUUGCCGUCUUGCGUUGGGAGGACCGCGUCCCUAGUUCAAACUCUGCGACCGGUUCUCAGGCCAUCGCACCUGCCGCUGCCGCCGCUGCCGCUUCCAAGAGCUCGGACACGCUAAAGCCUAGAGAUGCCAAGCUUGAGAACGAUAGCAGCAAUAAUGCCAUUGCCGAAUCGGCCCAUGCAAGAUUGAAGGGUACUGCGGUUCGGCAGCGCGUUCUAUACACGGCAAAUGUGGGUGAUGCCAGGAUCAUUCUAUGUAGAGCUGGUAGAGCAUUACGUCUUUCGUACGAUCACAAGGGUAGUGACGAGAAUGAAGGCAAACGAAUUGCCAACGCCGGAGGCUUAAUCCUCAACAACCGCGUGAAUGGUGUAUUAGCCGUCACUCGAGCUCUUGGUGAUACAUACAUGAAGGACCUUGUGACUGGCCAUCCUUACACCACCGAGACCGUUAUCCAACCCGAGAUAGAUGAGUUCAUUAUCAUCGCUUGUGAUGGGCUCUGGGAUGUUUGUGAAGACCAAGAUGCUGUUAAUCUUGUUCGCGACGAACGAGACCCGGUGGCCGCGUCCAAGAAACUCGUUGACCACGCCCUCGCUCGUUUCAGCACAGACAACUUGUCGUGCAUGAUUGUUCGAUUUGACAAGGCCGCCUUGUUAGAGCAUCAAAACAACAAGGAGAAUCCCAUCGGCGUAGAAGGAGAUAGCUCUGGUGCAGCGGGCAAGAUCAGCGAAGCCGAUAGGAUUGUGAACUCAACCAAGCAGAAGAUUGCUGAAGGUGACACUCCUGCCAUUGGCAUAUCAGCUAGUAACAGCGGCCGAGGCCAUGAUCUUGUACCCAUUGAAGACGGAGAUUCUUUCAAGCCAACUGUCAUCGAAGGCCCUGUUGAGGAGGAGCCCGCAUUGAUAGAAGAUAGCGAUGCACCUGAGGUCAGUACAGACGCAAUCCCGAACGCAAGCAGUCUCGCGACUCCAGACGCAACGUCUCCGAAUACUGCCGGGCCGCCAUCAAAAUCUUGAUCCCGACACUUUCGCAGCGGAACUAGUGUAUUGUUCUUAGGAUUUUUUUUCUUUUCCAUGAACAAACGCGGUCCUACUUUGUAUCCCGCUUCCAAAAGUUGAUGCCGGAACUCGACUCGCGAUAUACCAAGGUUUUCGUCACCUCAAAAACAGCAGGGGUAUGCCUAAGGCUUUUGGCAUGAUGUACAUAUUUCAGGUAAAUCUCAGUCAUUACAUGACCACGACGUUACCAUAGUCAAGAUUAUAGCCCUACGGAGACAGUUGGUUGCGCCGGUCAUUUCAUAUUUGUACUAAGGAGAGACGUCUUUAUGGAGUAAACGAAGACCCGACUACUUCGGGGGACGAAAGUUAGCAGGUGGGCCGCAAAGUCUACCGGCGAUGAUGAUUUGGCUUAGCUUUGCAUGGACUUACGAAAAGGUGUACGUUAUAGGUAGUCACAGCAAUCAAUGCCAUUCGAGCAAUAUGAAAUCUUAUGAUCCAAAUUAUCGGUAUUAUACAAUAGCUAGAUUGGAAAAGUGAGAACCUUA